AUGGCCUUACACAGGUUCUCAGUGGCAUCACUGCUCGUUCUACUUCUUUGCGUCGCGACUGUUCAUUCUGCUAUUAUCCAGAAACGAGCAACUUCGUCUAGUCGCAGCGUGUCGAAGAUCUCUUCGUCUUCUUCCAAGGCUACUUCGUCCAGCCGCAGCGUAUCGAAGAUUCCUUCCUCUUCUUCCAAGGCUUCCUCUAAGCCCGUAUCGAAGACCUCUUCAUCUUCUUCCAAGGCAACCUCGAAACCAAAAACUAGUUCAACCAAAUUAGUCGCUACUUCUUCGGCUGCUUUGAAUAUCUUCGGUGCUGCUGAAAUCACCAAUCCAAGGACAGGACCUACCGCUUCGGCUGCCGCUUCUGCCACUUAUACUGGAUGGUAUGCCAUUCCUCAAAAAGGAAUCCCUGUGGGCAGAGCAGAAGCGAUCUCAUUGACGCGCCAGAACUUCGGGUAUGGACCAGCUGUCGCAGGUGGACCUUUCUUCCCCAACGGUACUCUUGGUAACACCUUGGUUGCACUCGAUAUUGCGACUUUCCAAUCCGAGACUGGUCCACAAAUGAGUGACACUACCUCGGACAUUGUAAAAGCUGAAUCCGAUGUUAACAAGUACAACGGCUUGCAGACAUUGCAAGACUACACUUUGCUGUACGACCAAGAAUGGACAGCCACUCUACCUCAAGGUCCUGCACCCGGCAUUCUCACCAACUACACCCAGGACUUGCUGUUCUCGAUGGAGCGUCUUUCUUUCAGCCCGUACCAGAUCCGAAGACUGAACUCGAGCAAGGAUACUCUCAACUUCCAGGUCGAUGAUCAGAUUGCCACCAAUCUCACCGGCAUGACACAGCAACAGCUUUUGACAUCCGGCCGCCUGUUCUAUGCCGAUUACAGAGAUCAAGCGGAGCUCACCGCCACGUCCAACCCUCGCUAUUCGGCUGCCGUGGAUGCUUACUUCUACAUCGACCCAAACUCCGGGGACUUCCUGCCAUUGGCCAUUCGUACUAAUCAGGGUGCAAACCUCACCUACACCCCAGCCGACAGACCAGAUGACUGGAUGCUUGCAAAGAUUAUGUACAAUGUUUGUGACUUGUGGUUCGCGCAGUGGGAGCACCUGGCCAGAACACAUGAAGUCGUUCAGAUCGUGUACAUGGCGGCUAUCCGUUCGCUGAGUGAUGCUCAUCCCGUAAAGGCCAUUCUUGACCGAUUGAUGUUCGAAGUCUUUGCGAUCCAGCCUCUAGCACAAUCGGUCUUGUUCGCACCUGGCGGCGUUGUUGACCUUGCUUUCCCCUACACCUACGAAUCAGCGAAAGACUACAGCAGCAACUACUAUUUCACUCGUAGUGGUAAUUUCCAGUCGGGUUACUUCCUCAAUGAUCUCAAGAACCGUGGAUUGCUCAACGACACGACUGGUCCUCAGCUCAAGAAUUUCCCAUACUACGAAGACGCUUCCGUCAUCUACUCUGCUAUCCACACCUUCAUGACCUCCUUCGUCAACUCCUACUAUUCUUCAGACUCUGUAGUGGCAGCGGACAAGGAGAUUCAAGCUUGGGUCAAGGAAUGCAAUGGUCCCGCCAAGGUGAUGGACUUCCCAUCUGCUAUCACAACGACCAACACACUCAUUGACGUGCUGACACACAUGCCCAAUAUGCUUAAACAAAUGAAUGCAAACACUAGGAAUGCGGCUGCAACUUUCAUGAUCUCUAUGAACUCCUUCAGCGACAAGGUCAAGGCCAGAACUUUCGAUUCAAACGGUUUGAGUCAAGGUAUGCCCUUCGUCUGGAAGGCUCUUGACCCUAAUGUCGCACCAUUUGGUGUCACAGUUUGA